CCCCCAGCGUGCUGUGAUGGCCCCGGACGCCUGAGCCCCUGUGGCAGGGACAAGCCAUGGAGACCGUUGUCAUCGUGGCCAUUGGGGUGCUGGCCACCAUCUUCCUGGCGUCCUUCGUGGCGCUGGUGGUGGUGUGCAGGCAGCGCUACUGUCACCCCAAGGACCUGCGCCACCACUACGACACCAAACCCAUCGUGGACCUGAUGGGGACCACGGAGACGCCAUCAGAGCCCUCGGAGCUGGAGCUGGACGAUGUGGUCAUCACCAACCCCCACAUAGAGGCCAUCCUGGAGAACGAGGACUGGGUCGAGGACGCCUCGGGUCUGGUGUCCCACUGCAUCGCCAUCCUGAAGAUCUGUCACACACUGACGGAGAAGUUGGUGGCCAUGACCAUGGGCUCGGGUGCACGAGUGAAGUCCCCAGCCAGCCUGGGUGACAUCAUCGUGGUGGCCAAGCGCAUCAGCCCCAG